UUAAUUAUGUAAAUAUAUUUAACUGAUUCAUUAGUACUUACUUAUGUGUGUGAGCGUGUGUUUCAUAACAGGUUUAUUACUGUGGCGUUGUUAAUAAAAAAUACACCCUGCACCUGUUUGGCUGGUUUCAAAGCAAACCUGCGUUUUUGGGCCUUUUUUUGCCCCUUUAACAUUGAGGAAAUUUUUCGCAAUUAAAUUGCGACGAAGUUUGGACCCACGAACACAACACUAUCACAACUUCAUAACAAAAUGGGGAACAAUGUGAGUGCCAAGGCCGAUGGCGAGGGCAGCGAACCUCCGUUGGACGGUGGGAAACAUAAACACCACCAUCAACAUCACAAGUCCAGCAUACAAUCAUCCAACAGCAAUAACAAUGCCAACGAUGUUGUUGUCAGCAACAGCAGCGCCAGCGGCAGCGGCAGCAAUAACAGUCUCAAGGUGCAGUCACAAACGCAAACAAUGACCAGAUCAGCAUCAGGCGCAGAUGUGACAGAGAAGUACCUUACCCAGCUGGUGCCAGUAGAGCGCCUGGCUGAAAUAUUAAAGGAACAGACGAGUAACAAGUACGGCAUCAAUGGCAUUAUGUCAGAUGUUUUUGUGUCUCAAGUGUUUCCCGAAUACACUGAUUUGGGCCAUCGACUCUUUCAACUAAUGCACCUUAACUCUAAGGCAACAACGAAGCACCUGGGCACCGUGGCCUUUCGACAGCAAUGCGAACGAUUCCUGGGCAUCAUGGAUGAUGCUAAGGUGCUGGAGAGUUACAUCAAGAUGUACGCACAGGACGAUAAUCCAGAUUUGAUAGACAAAGCAGGCGUCACACGCCUGUUGCUCAUCUGCUAUACGAUUGCCAUGCAACACUCGGGGAAUGCUGUGCUCUGCACGGCCAUAAACAGGACGUUUGGCUCUGUGACCAAGUCGAUAUUUUUUAGCCACGAUAGCCUCAGCUUGGGCUUCGUUUGCCGUUGGUUCGAGCAGAAUUUGAUUCGUCUUGUUCUACUGGUUCACAAAUACUGCGUCCAUACGCUCUCCACUGCAUAUCGCGGCUUGGAACAACAGUCUCAGUCGUGCGGAAUUGAGCUACAAACGCCAGUGCUGGAACAGCGCAAUCCAUUUGCAUCCAGUGAUGCAACGGAUCACAGUGCGCCCGCCUUGCACAAUGAGACGUUGAUGCCGCUGUCACAAGCGUGGCUGCUGGCGGGCGCCCUACCCCCACUGUAUUCCAAGCCACGGACGAUUGUGCCGCCCAAUAGCAGCAACAACAGCAGCGCUUCGAGCGCUGUGCAGAUUUUCAAGGAUAAACUGUCAAUGAUGCCAUCACACUGGACACUACUGUACGAUUCCAACGAGCAUGGGGUGGGUGCCAAUCGCUUUUUGCACCAUGUACUCGGCUACCGCGGUCCGACGCUGGUUCUGCUGCACACCAAGGACGAGCAGACAUAUUGCAUUGCGGCGCCCAAUGAGUGGAAGGAGACGCAUUUGUUUGUCGGCGGUGAGGGUAGCUGUGUGAUACAGCUGUUGCCCAAAUUUGUGAUACUAGAGAAGAAGCCCAACAUUUUGUACCUUAACACCAGCAUACGCGGCUAUCCCAAGGGCUUGCGAGCAGGCGCUGAUCCGCGCAAGCCCAUCAUAUCGGUUGACGAACAUUUCGAGAAUGUAGACUGUAAGGGCAUUGCGGCGGGCCUUAUGUCCAUUGAGGUUUGGGGCUGCGGCGAUAAAUCAUCACGCGAAGUGCAAUUGGAUAUUAAGAAAUGGCAAAUCAAGGAGGCGGAACGUCAGCGCACAGUUAAAUUAACAGCCGCCGAUUGGAUGGAUCAUCCGGAUCGAUACCUUCUCGAGCUGGGCGGCAGGCAGAACUACAACAACUAAAAGCAAUAAUUAUUGCUGUUGUUGUUGGUGCGUGUAUUGAUUCGAAAGCAAUUGGUGUGUGCCUUUAAUUCGAGAACGCGAUUAAAAUUAACGAGGAAUACUUUUAAAAACGAUGAUACUUAUUAGUCAUUCGUUCUCACGCAGCGCGACAAGAGUUUGCUACCCUGGACUGAAAUUGUUUUUUGAUUUUUAUGUUGUUUGAUUAACGAAUUUUGUUUCAUGUUUUCCUAUGUUCAACGGCAAAUUGGAAUCGAUUUGAUAUAUAUUUUAACGUUAUGUGUCGUAAUGCCAUUUUAAUUAUACUAUUCGAUUAAGCUUUUGCUUGUAGUUAAAAGCGUCGUCCUUGUCACCAGUUCUGUAUUUCCUUUUUUCUAAUCGUCCGCUUGUUUUUGCAAUUUUUAAGUGUCAGGUAAUUUAGUUUUUCUUUCUAUUUUUUCGUUUUCUAUUUGUUCUAAUCUUAGAAUGCAAGUAUUAUGAAAAGACAAAAAAUUUUUAAAUAAUAAACAUAAUCAAAUGUUGCAAAUAUGGCUUUGAAUCUUUUUAUGACCAGGCGCUGAUUUGGUGGAACCGUUUAAUUAAGUGUAUGGUGCUUAUCAGCCAAGCACUUCAAAAGUUGAUAAAUUUUCCACACUCAUGCAUACCAUACGUAUGCGUUUACAAUGAUUCAUGAUUUUAUCUGUUAAAGAAUGAGUUUGAUAAAAAAAGCCAUUAUUUGCUGGGUUGCUUUAAAAUGAUAUCAUUAUGUAUAUGGCAAGAAAUAAAGUUUUAACAAUCAAAUGCAAAAAUGAUGAAGAUUCAUUUUUGGGUUAAGUAUUCCAGUCUCAAAUACAAAUUCAGACAAUUGACCCAUUGAAUAUAUCCAAAAAGAAUCCCAGUCUUAAUUAUUUCAAACAUAACCCAAUAAUUCUUAAAAAAUAUUUAAAUGUCGUACUAUUUCAAAGGACAGCAACAGUACAGCUCUAUUAUAUUGUCAUUUACAAGAGUCACAAAGACAACUCCUUGAUGCUAUGCAUCUUGAAGAAAAUUCAACGGAAAUGUAAAUGCUUAGUAUAAAUAUAAACAUUCUUGGUGGAAUGUUUUGGUAUUUUGGCAAUUUAAAAAUUUCUAUAAAAGCUGUAAAUUAAAAUGGCAAAUGUAUAAAUAUAACAUAAUAAAUUUCUUUCUGGUAUCUUGAAGUAAAAGUAUAAAUUACUAAUGUAUAAUGGUUCAAGAGAAAUAUGAAUAAAACAAAAA